AUGGUAGAUACUCUGUUCAUCAGAGGCAACCUCUCGACCGUCGACGAAUCCCUCCGACGCUUGAGGCAAGACAACCAGAUUUUCCAGUCGGGUCAGUCGAGCAAGCUCGACGAGAUCAACCACGGACUUCGAUCACUGAGGCUGGACAUUCAAUCACCAAGCGGCAACGAAGCCACCAUUCUAUCCAGCCUAAACUUCGAGUCCAGACUUGCCCGGCAUGAAGCAAUAUCCGAGGCCCAUGCUCGGACCUUCGAGUGGAUCUUCGAUUCCGCCUUGUCUGAGUGGCUACGAAGUGGCACAGGUCUGUUUUGGAUAUCUGGUAAAGCAGGAUCGGGCAAGUCAACACUCAUGAAGUUUCUGGCCGACAAGCGGGAAACCCAGGCUCUUCUGGAAGAGUGGGCUAGUCCACAGAAAGUAGCCGUUGUGCCGCACUACUUCUGGAGCCAGGGUACGCGUAUGCAACGCUCGACGAGAGGACUCUUGCAGUCAUUGCUGUAUGACAUCUUCAGUAAGGACCAGGGUUGUAUCCGCACAAUCUGCCCAUCACGCUGGGACGCAGUCCGCGACAAAGGCGCCGAUGCAUCCGGAAUAUCUUGGACCGAGUCUGACCUCAAGCUUGCUCUUGAGGCGCUUGCGGAGAGCCAAGUCGUCUCCUUCAAAGUGUGCUUCCUCAUCGAUGGGCUAGAUGAAUAUGGCGAUGAGGGGGGUGAGAACGAGAACCUUUGCAACCUCUUCAUGAGACUCAUCAAGUCGCCAAAUCUCAAGUUUUGCGUCUCAAGUCGCCCAUUGAAUGUCUUCACUGUUACAUUUCGGGAGUGCCCUAGCCUUGCGGUUCACGACUUCACUAGGGAGGACAUCGCCCACUUUGCCAAGUCUCAGAUUGAAAGUCACUCCCGAUGGCAGGAAUGUGCUUUAGAUGAAACACAAAGGCAAUGGCUCAUUUCCGAGAUCACAAACAGGUCGCAGGGUGUUUUCCUAGGUCUAACAAACGACGACACAUUCAGAGAUCUACAGCGGAGACUUGACCUGCUACCAAGCAGCUUGGAGGCCAUGUUCAAACGCAUACUCGACUCUGUGGAUAAGGUAUAUCACCAGAAGAUGGCAGGGAUGUUUCUCAUCGCCCUUGCAGCAGAUGAACCCCUCGAGCUUGAGGUUUAUCUCCACCACGAAGAUGAGUACGAAGAUGAGAACUACGCGAUCCAUCGCCCGAUUGGACCAAAUCCAUUCUUUAUCGCUGAGAAGUCUCUGUCAUUAAUGCGUCGGCGGAUCAACGCGCGAUCUCAGGGCUUGUUAGAGGUUGUACACGGGGGAGUCAUGUUCCUCCAUCGAACAGUCGGGGACUUCAUGCGGACGAAAGAGAUUCAGGAGUUUCUGGUUGCCAAGGCACCGAGAGGAUUCAAUCCAGAAGUCUCUAUACUCAAGGCCUUUGCAUCUAUGUUCAAAAGCAACUUCCAUAGGCCUGACGUGAACGAAUACGAAUACGGCUUGCAACAGAAGGCCCAGUCUAUUUUGACAUCUUGGGAGAGUCACCGCUUUGGACCGUCCUAG